GCUGUAUCUUGAAGAUCCUGGCAGCUCUUUUUUCUCGAUCUAUCACGACAUUCAACCACCUUAGCAACCACAGAGGGUCUGUCAGCAAUGACAUCUCGCUCUCUCGACCUCUUUCUCCUGCCGGAAGUUCGCCAAUUUAAGGACCGCUAUAUCCAAGCCACUCAAGGAUUACGGAUUUGUCAACCACAGGUCAUAUGCUAGACACCUGGCAAAGACAGGAGUCAGUCAUGUGAUCUCAAUUUGACUUAAUGGACCAGUCCAACUGCAAAAACCAACUUCAAAAAUUCAUCCCCCUUUCACCAAACUAUCUAUGGCGGCGUGACAGCGUUCACUGGUCCAAUGGCUAACAUGUGGUGGUUACAGCCAACAAAACUGUGUUGUUGAACCGCGCUGCUGCCGAUAGCAAAGUGAUCCGAGCGAUCAAGAACAGCUGGGCUUCCAACCUCGAAGUCUCCGUGGUCAAGCUUAGCUUGACCAGAUCCAUCAUGGACAAGGCCCUGGCCUCAAUUUUUGCUGCGGCGACAGAAGUGACUCGGGAGAUGAUGGAGUCAGGGGAAAUAAACGGAAACGUCGAAACAAUGGCGUUUUUGAACAGGUUGAAGUUGCGUGUCGGAACGGUCCCGGUGGUUUUGGCUGGUGGCGGAACGAGCAUGGGCGUGGGCACGUGGGCGAGACUGGUGCCGUCCGAGCUGUUCUGCAAGAUCUUCAUGGUCUUGCGGGCUGCUCGGCAGUGUUGGUUCGAGGCGCCUGAGGAGCCGUUUGCCGUGGAGGAGCAUUGCGCCCUCGCGCACAACAUUGACCGCUUCUUUGAAGUGGACAUGUUGAACUGGGGGGACUUUGCGAUGGUCCAGUUUUUGGUGCGGGCUGGGCUGGGUGAUUUCGGUGUGGGUGUGGGAAGGGAGGAUGACGACGAGGUCGUCGAUAUCUUUGUGGGGGAUGAGGAGGGAGAGGGGGAUGAGGUGGUGGAUGAGGUGGGCGAGGAGGAUGGUGGUGAUGAGAUGGAGAUCGUCUAUUCAACUUCCAAACUGUUGAACUCUGGUCAGUUGGAGGAGGCGUUGGCUCGCCUUCGGGUGGAUAUCGGCCAGGCCGAGUUGCAGCUGGCCCUUGCCAGGCUACAUUUCUGAUUGCCUCUGCAGGUGCGGGGUGAGAUUGGCUGAGGGCGGAUGGAAUGAGGACGGCCGUGUAGGAUAGAGAACGGGAUUGGUGAAAUGUGAGGAAAGUGUAG